UUCCCACUCCAAUCAUAAUAUCUUCAAACACCAACAAAUGUCUCAGCAUUAACCAUUGAACAACCUCUCUUCCCCUUAAUUACUCAACAAUUUCCCCCCCAACUUCCAUUCUCACUUUCUCUCCCACAAAUUUUUAUUUUUUAUACUUUCUAUGCAAUUUUCUCUCAUAUGGGUAUCAAAAUUUUCAUGGUUUCCUUCAUGGUAACCUCAAUGUUGUUCUUUUCUCUCUUUAUCCCCACUAGAUUAAGCAUAACCAUAUCCAGCUUCAGGCCUGCUAUGAACUACUUCAGUGUCCCCAAAACCAACAAGACAUACCCGGUUACUUUUGCAUACUUGAUUUCUGCAUCCAAAGGAGAUUCUGGGAAGCUCAAGAGGUUGCUGAGGGCACUCUAUCAUCCAGGGAAUUACUAUUUGAUUCAUAUGGAUUAUGGGGCUCCAGAAUCUGAGCAUAGAGAUGUGGCAGAAUAUAUAGCCAGUGACCCUGUUUAUGGUCAAGUUGGGAAUGUUUGGGUUGUGGAGAAGCGUAAUUUGGUCACUUAUAGAGGACCAACAAUGCUUGCUACCACUCUCCAUGCUAUGGCAAUUCUUCUGAGGACUUGCCACUGGGAUUGGUUUAUUAAUCUUAGUGCAUCUGAUUAUCCCUUAGUUACACAAGAUGAUCUGAUCCAAGCCUUUUCUGAGUUGCCAAGGGAAAUCAAUUUCAUUCAACAUAGCAGUCACUUGGGUUGGAAACUGAAUAAGAGAGGGAAGCCAAUAAUGAUAGACCCGGGGCUUUAUAGCCUUAAUAAAUCAGAGAUUUGGUGGGUCAUUAAGCAGAGAAGUUUGCCAACAUCUUUUAAACUCUACACAGGUUCAGCUUGGACAAUACUAUCAAGAUCUUUUGCCGAGUAUUGCAUUGUGGGAUGGGAAAAUUUACCAAGGACCCUUCUCCUAUACUACACUAACUUUGUCUCAUCUCCAGAAGGAUAUUUCCAAACAGUUAUAUGCAACUCUGGAGACUACAAGAACACCACUGCUAACCAUGACCUUCACUACAUUACUUGGGAUAAUCCUCCAAAACAACACCCUAGGUCUCUAGGAGUUAAAGAUUAUAGGAAAAUGGUUCUUAGUAGCCGUCCAUUUGCAAGAAAAUUCAAGAGAAAUGAUCCAGUCCUUGAUAAAAUUGAUAGAGAACUUCUAAAGAGGUAUCAUGGGAAAUUCUCUUCUGGAGGAUGGUGCUCACAGGGUGGAAAACACAGAACAUGCUCAGGUUUGAGAACUGAGAAUUAUGGUGUCCUCAACCCUGGUCCAGCCUCAAGAAGGCUAAAAAGUUUGCUAAAAAAAAUUCUCUCUGAUAGAUUCUUUAACAAACAGCAGUGCAAGUAACCAUAUUUGAUUUCCAUUGAAUUAAUCUUUGUAAAGACCAUUGAAAAUUUGGUUAUAAUAUAA